AUGGUUAUUAAUGACCAGGCUCGUCGAUCGCUCUACGCGGCGAUCUUUUACGGAGUAUGUUCUGGUUCGAUGAACUUUUUGAAUAAGCUCGUCCUUUCUUCCUGGCACUUUCCCUCGCCCAACUUUCUGAUGCUCGCGCAGAUGAUAGUUUUAUCCGUUGGGAUUGAUACGCUCAAGGCUCUUGGAAAGUGCAAAGCUGUUGACUAUACUUGGGCUCAUGGGAGAUCCUGUCUUGUUUUGUCCUUUUUCUUCGCCAUUAAUACGGUUAUCGCGCUGUUCGCGUUGAACGGGAUGAACAUUCCGAUGUACAACGCAAUGCGUCGCUGUGUGCCCAUCGCUAAUUUAUUGCUCGGCGUCGUUUUCUUGCGCGUGCGGCCUUCCCGUGGCAUCACGCUCUCCGUUCUCACCAUUACUGCUGGCACGCUCGUGGCUGCUUUUGGCGAUUUGAAUUUCGACUCGACUGCUUAUACUUUUGGAGUUAUUUCGGUCAUUUCCAAUGCUGCUUAUUUAACAACGCUACAAAAAACGGGCAUGGAGAAGAAUCUUGGUGCAAUUUCCAUCGCCUACAUUAACAGUAUAAACUGUAUGCCCGUCAUGACCUUAGUCUUAUUUAUUACCGGCGAUAUCCCAAAGAUCGUCGCCUAUCCACACUGGUCUUCAUCCUCGUUCAUUUUUUCUUUCCUGGCCGUCAUUUUCUCCGGAUGCAUUUUUACCUACAGCAUGUUCCUCUGUACUACCGUCAACUCAGCGCUAACUACCUCCUGCGUGUCUGUGCUCAAAUCUGCAUUCACCACUUGGAUCGGCAUGUACACCUUCGGAGGGGUCCAACCUACCUUUUUCUUUCUGUUGGGCCAAGUGAUCAACUUUACUGGCGGCUGUAUGUACACCCUGGUGAAGUACCGCAACUCGAGAGCGAAGAAAAUUCUAAGUAGUGAGCAAAAAACGCAAGCAGUACCAUAA